AUGGCUUUAUGGCUGACAUCAUCACAAUUAGGUAUUCGACGUGAUAUACAAAUAACUAAUUUUCAUACAAACCAAAAAUUUACAGAAUAUACAAUUGAAAUACGUCUUGAUGAUGUACAAUGGUAUGUAAAAAAACGUUACAGUGAAUUUGCUGAAUUUCAUGAAGAAUUAAUAAAACAAAUUCCAACAAUUGAUGCAAAAAGUUUACCACCAAAAAAAUUAUUAAAUAAAAAUUCACCGGAUUUUAUUCAUCGAAGACGUUUAGCAUUAGAUAAUUAUUUAAAAUAUUUAUUUCAAUUUUUUACUAUGAAUUCAAUGCAAUUACCUGAAUGUUUUGUUAAAUUUUUAGAUUUUCAUCUUUAUGAAGUUCAUGGUAUUGUACGAAAAUUAGCAGAAGAAUUAUUUUUAAAUGGUGAUCAAAUUUUAUCAGAAUCUGGAAAAAAAAUUUUUUCUAUAAGUCCACUUCAAAUGCAUGCAAUUACUCGACGUAUCAAAUUGGCUGAACCACCUUGUGACAGUAAUGAUCCGGUCAAAGAUUUAAGUCAUGUUCUCGAUUUUCUAUGUCAUGUCAAGUAUGUACAAAUUGUUGGUAGUCCUGAUAAUUUCGGUACAAGUACAAUUAAAACACAAUUUCUUUCAUUUGAUGUUUCAUUUUUUAAAUCAGUUGAAGAACUUGAACUUGAUUGUGUUCAAACAAAUCAAAUAACUGGUAUUGAUAAUCUUAAAAAAACUGUUCGUCAUUUAUCAAUUCAUCGUAGUUUAACAUCAAUACGUGAAAUUGCUUUAAGUUCUCUUACUGAAAUUCCACCGUCGUCUAAUGAAUGGUUAAUUAGUACAUGGAAACUUGUUACUCAUCUUGAUUUAAGUAAAAAUUCUCUACAUCUUCUUGAUGAAUCACUUAAAUUAUUUUGUAAAACUGAAACAUUAGAUUUAAGUUAUAAUUUAUUAGAAACAACAAUAGAUCAUUUACAACAUUUACAUUUUCUACAAAAUUUAAAUUUAUCAAAUAAUCGUUUAAAUGAUGUAUCAGAUUUUAAUGCACGUGUUGGUAAUAUACGUUCAUUAGAUUUAUCAUGUAAUGAAUUAAUAAGAACAGAUGGUUUAUCACGUCUUUAUUCAUUAAUAACAUUAAAUUUAUCAUCAAAUAAAUUAGAUUCAAUUAAAAAUAUUGAAUUACUUGGAAGUUUACCAUGUUUAGAAAAUCUUUGUUUAAAAAAUAAUCCAUUAACACGUAUUGUUGAUUAUCGUAUACGUGUUUUUGCUGUAUUUCAUAAUCGUGCAAAAGAUGUUUGGUUAGAUGGACAAAUGCCUGAUCAACGUGAACUUGAUCGUGCUGCUGUCAUAAGUGCAAUGAGUCGAGCAAAACAAAAUGAAGCUGCACAAGCAACAAUGCUUGUUCAAAAAGUUUUAUCACCAACAAAACCAGUUCUUCUUUCAUCAUCAUUACUUAGACAAAAAUCAAAUACUAAUCUAAAAAAUAUGAAUGCAGCUUCAUCAUGUCCAAGUAAUUUAUCAAUUAUUGAAAAACAACCUGAUGUAGUACUUGAUACAAAAACUAAUAAUAAUACAAUAUCGAUCGAAGAAACUAACACUAAUGAAUAA